AUACUUGACACUUAAGAUUAGUAGAUAAAAAAUUACAAGAAGUCAAGAAAAACGAAAAUACUGAGUGUUAGCAGCUAUCAGUGGUGUAUUGAUUUAGUAUAUUUGGUUCCAAUUUGAAACAAUUUUUGAAUUAUCAGCUCCGAAUUUGACACUUUAUUAUGGGAGCAAACGCGUCGCAGCUUGAAAAAGAGAUUGGAUCUGAGCAAUUCCCGACAAAUGAACAUUACUUCGGACUUGUUAAUUUUGGAAAUACUUGUUACUCUAACUCAGUACUUCAGGCUCUAUAUUUCUGCAAACCUUUUCGUGAAAAAGUCCUGGAAUAUAAAAUGAAGAACAAGAGAUCAAAGGAAACCUUAUUGACAUGUCUAGCUGAUCUCUUUCACAAUAUAACUACUCAAAAGAAAAAAGUUGGAACCAUUGCUCCUAAAAAAUUCAUUGCCAGACUAAAGAAGGAAAAAGAAGAAUUUGAUAAUUAUAUGCAACAAGAUGCCCAUGAGUUCCUCAAUUUCCUGAUCAACCAUAUUAGUGAAAUUAUCACAGCUGAACGGCACCAAUUAAAUAAUUCUGCGACUCCGACAACUAAUGGAAAGGUGACAACUUCUAAAGAACCCUAUAACGGUUCGACGUCUUUAAAAUUUGAUGGCAGUAGUGGGUCCACGACAUCGACCGGAAACCAAGAAUCUACAUGGGUCCAUGAAAUUUUUCAAGGAAUUCUUACCAGUGAAACACGCUGCCUAAACUGUGAAACUGUAAGCAACAAAGAAGAAGAUUUUUUUGACCUGCAAGUCGAUGUUGACCAAAACACAAGUAUUACUCAUUGUUUAAGGACUUUUUCGUCCACGGAAACCCUUUGUACCGACAACAAAUUCAAGUGUGAUGUUUGUAGUUCUUAUCAAGAAGCCCAGAAAUGUAUGAGGGUGAAGAAACUUCCCCUGAUUCUUGCAUUGCAUCUCAAGCGGUUCAAAUACGUCGAACAAUACAAUCGUCAUAUUAAAGUAUCACAUCGCGUAGUUUUCCCGCUUGAACUUCGACUCUUCAACACCUCUGAAGAAUGCCCUGACAGAUUGUAUGACCUGGUAGCUGUAGUUGUCCAUUGUGGAAGUGGACCUAACCGCGGUCACUAUAUCUCAAUUGUCAAAAGUCACGAUUUUUGGUUGUUAUUUGAUGAUGACAUAGUUGAUAAAAUAGAUCCAUCAGCAUUGGAAGAUUUCUAUGGUCUAACAUCAGACGUGCAGAAAGCCUCGGAAACUGGUUACAUCCUCUUUUAUCAAUCUCGAGAUACAUCUUGAAUCUCAUCCGUACAUGGGUACGAAGAGUUCUUGUUAUCGAUCAAUUCCAAGACUUGUGGUUGCUAAACAGGAGAAGGAAUAGUGAUGAGAAGCAUUUGAUUAUGCUUGAUUAGAGACUUUUCAGUGAAAAGCAUUCUCUUUGUAAAUGAUUAAUAUCCUAGUGGUAUGUUAAUAGUGAUAUUUCAUUUGUUCAAUAAUAAAAUAUAAAAUUCUGCUUCCUUUAAAAA